GCUGCAGCUGCUGCAGGGAGGAGUCUGAAUAAAACCAAACAAGCCUCCACACCCUCCGGGAGUUCUGCAUUCCUGCUGUUCACACACACACACACACACACACACCCACACAUACAUGCACACAUAACUACAUCAGGAGGGAAAGCUGGGCGGAACCACUCUGAGGCUGGGAGUUUGGUGGAGGGCCCGGCGGAGGACUGAAGACCAGAACCUCAUCAUCAGAGCCCUGCUGGGUGUAGCAUGUCAUCCUCUCUUUCACCCCUAAAUGUUUCUGUGACGGCCGACACCGUUUAGACUCAUCCCAGGAAGUACAGAGACACUUUCUGUUCUGCCUGACGCCGUCGGAGAGAGUCGUCAAAACGGACUCACCAUGAGUAAGGCGGGUGAUGAUGAAGGUGUACCUGAUGGGUGGAGCCAGCCGUCCCAGCUGCUGGAGGGAAAAGCUGCAGGAGGAAAGCAGUCCAAGCUCAGCACCGCCUCCUUUUUACCGAGCUGGACCAAAGUCAGCUGCCCCUGCUGCGCCUCGGACCGAGUGGAACCGCUGGUUCUGGUGAAGCUCGGGGUGAAGGUGGUCCCAGAGACCAAGCGCUGGCUCAUCAAACUGAUUGGAACCCCUAAGAAAGAUGGAGGUGCCGACCUGAUGGCCCAUCCGGGCGAGGACGCCACUGGUGACAUCAUCGUGGUGUCGGCACCACGCUGUACGCUGCAGCGAGCCGUGGAGGAGCUGGGACUCUGUAAAAUGUACUGCAACGGUGACAUGGAGGCGUUUUCCUACAGCGACAGAGACAACUUUAAAAAUUCAGACAACAUGGAGGGGUUUCUGACCUUAGCAGAGCGACAGUACAUAGUGAAGUAUGAGCUGGACGGUCUGCGAGCUCAGAAGGACCUGAGGGUCCCCGGCCUUCCUGAAAACUUCACGCUGAAAAAGCGAGAUAUAAUCUGGCAGAAGCUGGGGUCAGUCGGUGUGAUCGUCGACACUCUUCCUCUCCACAAUCCAAACAAACUGAAGGACCUGAGCAAAGCCUGGUACUUUGGGAAUCAGCUGGUUCAGCCGCUGGAUGAAAUUAAUGAGUAUUUUGGAGGCCCUGUGGCUUUUUACUUCAGCUUCCUGGAUUUCUACACCUGGUCUCUGCUUCCACCUGCGAUGAUGGGGCUGUUCAUUGCAUACUCCUCAGGUGAUGAUCAGAAGGAGAUUCCAGAGGCAGGUUCUCAGGUGGGAGAAAUCCAGGAGGACUCAGGAUUUGUAAUCAGCGGUCACAUGAUCCUGGCGGUGUUCAGCAUGCUCUGGUCUACGGUGGUUAUGGAGAUGUGGAAGCGCCGGAGCGCGUCCCUGUCCUACCGCUGGGGGACCCUGAACCUCGCUGAACGCUUUGCGGAGCCUCGGCCCGGCUACCGCGGUGAACUCGGGACGAACCCGGUGACCGGUCGUGUGGAGCCGCUGUUCCCUGACUGGCAGCGGGGCCUGCGGAUGGCGCUGGUGUCGGUCCCGGUUGUGGGGCUGUUUUUAGGACUGGUGGUUCUGGGUAUGAUGUGUUUCUACUGGGGAGAGGCCCGAGUCCAGAAGCUCCACACAGACUGGGACUCUCUGCUGACUCGGCCUUUGCUCUACGCGCCCUCGGUGCUCCACAUCGUCUACACAAACAUGCUGGCGACUGUUUACAAGACCGCGGCCGAGUCUCUAACUGAAUACGAGAACCACAGAGAGGAGUCGGCCCACCAGAACCACCUGACAGCCAAAGUUUUAGUGUUUACCUUCUUCAACUACUUUGCAGUCCUGUUCCACAUCGCCUUCUUUAAGCGGGAUGUGCCGCUGCUUCGAAAGCGUUUAGCCUCUUUGCUGAUCGUGUCCCAGCUGGUCAACCAGGUGACAGAGGUGGUCAUACCGUACCUGGUGGACAGAUUCAUCAGCUCCCCCAAGAGGAACGAGAAAGAAGAAGACCCAGUAGAGGACAAAUUUAGGAACCAGGGCAACAUGCCUCCUUUUCCUGGCCUGUUUGCAGAAUACAUAGAGCUCCUGGUGCAGUUUGGGUACUUGAGUCUUUUCUCCUGCGUGUUUCCUCUGACUGCUGUUCUGCUGCUCCUCAACAACCUAACAGAGAUCCGGUCGGACGCCUACAAGAUUUGCAAACUCUUCCGUAAACCCUUCUCCCCCCCAGUGGGUGACAUGGGCGUGUGGCAGAUCGCCUUUGAGGUCCUGAGCUUCGUCUCCGUGGUGUCCAACUGCUGGCUGCUGGUGCUGUCACCGCGGCUACAGGAGAAGUGUCGGCGGGGCGAGAUGAGCAGCACCGACCUUCUGCUGGGAGCCGUUAUCGUGGAGCAUCUACUGAUAUUAGUCAAGGUGAUUAUAGCGGCUCUGAUCCCAGAUGAACCCAACUGGAUCAGAAAAAAGAAGGAGCAGUGGGAGUAUAAAUCCAUGCAGGCCCUUCGACAGCAGAAGCUGCAACCUGAAAAGUCCUAACUUUGUUUCAAGAGGCUCAGAUGAAGUCCCGACUUUUUGUUUUCUACAGAAAGGCCCACAAUGCUCACUGCUGAGACCCGUGUCAAGUGCUUUAGAGUCCACAUGACUCGGUGCUUCUGCAAGGAUGCAUGCUGCAAGUGCAAUUCAAACCUCAGCUAAAAAGCGUGUUUACUUUGUUUAUUAGGCAGUGAGAGAAUUAUAUUGCUUUUAUUUUUGCAAAAAUGUGUCAUGAUAAAGAAAAUAUAAUGAA